AUGUCCAUAUUCAGAAAGAUCAGGAAAUCUUUACAAGAGAGUGACUACUCGUCCUCUUCAUCCUCAAGCCAUCAAUAUGGCCAUUCCACCCGUGCAGGCGCUGCUCCUCCUACCAACCCAUUCUCCAAGCCUAGCGCCAACGGGCCACCUCCAUACACCCCUGUUGGAGCCGCUGCAAGCUACUAUGGAAAUACCCCACAACCGCAAUACCCACCCAUUCAGCCUUCGCAAAAUUACCAGCAAGCUCCUCCAAUGAUGCAACCGCAGCAGCCUCAACCACCGAUGCAUUCUACUCCAAAUCCCUUGAUAAACCCUAAUACUCUUCCUCUCCCGUCUAUGAAUCCGAACAUGGGAGCAGAUGAUCCGUAUACCUUUCUCCGGGAUUUUGAUACAGUCGUCGUUGUCGACGAUUCCGGCAGUAUGUCUGGUGGUCGCUGGAAUCAAACUGCUGCUGCUCUGAGCGCUGUAGUUCCAAUCAUCACAUUCUACGAUUCGGACGGUAUCGAUGUUUAUUUCCUAAAUGCACCAGACAGACCUCAUAAUCACAAUAUCAGGACACCAGCCCAAGUCAUGGAAAUCUUCGGCACGGUUAGACCUCAAGGCUCUACACCCACCGGACGAGCCCUAAAACGUAUUUUGGAGCCAUAUAUGGAGAAAUAUGAGCGAAAUCCUAAUCGUGUCAAGCCGUUGAACAUUAUCGUUAUCACCGAUGGUGUCCCUACCGAUGAUGUUGAAAGCCAUAUCGUCAAGUAUGCGAAGAAGUUGGAUAGGCUCGAUGCUGAUCUAACUCAGGUUGGCAUCCAGUUUUUCCAGAUUGGAAGCGACCCAGAGGCUACCAUUGCGCUUAGGGAGCUUGAUGACUCGCUGGGCGAAAUGAGAGAUGUCAGAGAUAUGGUCGAUACGGUACCAUGGACGGGAAGUUUGGAGGGUGAGAGAAUGCUCAAGGUUGUUCUGGGUGCGGUCAACAAGAGGCUUGACCGUAAAAAGUUUUAA